CCCUUAGUAUGCCUGUGGUAUUUUUGUGCGGUCAGUUAGGUAGGGUCACACUUUUGUUUUGUUUUGCUUUGCAACUCGACUUUUAAAAUUGCAAUUGCAGCAUGGCCGAAGAACCGGAGGAACCAGGCAAGAGCUUCGUUAUCUUCGGGCGCGAUGUGGCGCAGAUCCCGUGCUUUCGUAACAGUUUUCUCUACGGAAUCAGCGGUGGAAUCGGCAUUGGCGUGCUGACUUUUCUGGGCACCUCGCGAACCCACCUGUCCACCCACGUGGGAUUCGGCUCCUUUUUCUGCGGGACCAUCGCCUACUGGGUGGCCUGCAGGUAUCAGUGGUCCGUCAGGAGAUUCGAGCAGCAGCAACUUCGGGAGGCGAUGAGACGGCAAGCCCUUUAUGAGGGCACCCAAGUCGAGAGGGACUUAGAUCUUAAGUCGGCGUAGCAUAAGUCGGAUCCUUUAUUACUACCUCGAUGUUUGUUUUCCUACUUGGAUACCAAGUAAUUCUGGUAUUGUUAAAUCCCUUGUGUUGUAAACUACCUUUGUUACCAAACAGCUUUAUAGUACCCAAUAUAUUAUAUAUAUAUUGUAAGUGAAAUCUUACCUUAGAGUAUUUAAUGCCCCAGCUUAUUGGAAAAACAUGUUUGUUUGCCACUCUUAAGGAAUUAAUUAUGCCAGCAUCUUUGAUUUGGGAUUGACAGAAAUCAAUCCAUCAUUUUAGUGAUCAGUAGAAACCUAUUAUGGUUCCUAAAACCUGUUGGGUUUUUUGUGCUUUCGAUUCGAAUUAAGCUGACAGAGUAGUAAGUUGUUUACUUUUGUAGAAAAUUUAACAAAGAGUCAUCUUCAGUUUAUCUUUAACGGCCUUAAAUCUUUUCAGCAGUUUUUUACAUAUAAAUAAAGGCGAUAAUAAACAGUUCAAAA